AUGUUCCAUCGCUACAUAUGUUUACUAGUAAUUAUUUCCUCAAGCUUUAGCCAUGGAUGGGAGUUGGACAAGCCGUUUAUAGGAGACUUCACUUAUUAUGAUUACAAGGUUUAUGGUGCUUGUAACAUGUGGAUUAACGCAGAAACCGAAUUGUUGGCUUCUAUUAGCUAUAAACUAUGGGGCCCUCAUGCAGAUCCAAUUGAUUAUCUACUCUGCCGUAAUAUCUGUCUUAAAGUUCAGUACAAAGGCAGAACUAUCAUAGUCCACGUUAAAGACAAAUGCCUAAGUUGCCCUGCAAACAAAGUUAAUCUAUCAAAACGUGCGUUUGCGCGUCUUGAAAAUUUGGCAGUAGGGCAUGGGUAUGAUGCUGUAUUUACAUUUGUCCUUUGCUGAUGGUGGUGAUAUUUUUUGAAUGAGAGAUUAAAGUUAAAAGAUGGUGAAUAUGUGAAGAAUAAAAGCUAACAUAAUUAAAGAUAAAAAUAAAUGUGUUAAAUAAAAAUAUGAAUGUGUUAAAUAAAAUAAA